AUGAUCCUUUACGACACGCAACCGGAUGCACGACCGGGAAGCUUAAGCAUUGUGUCGCGCUUAGGAGAUGGAUCAGAGGCAUUCCCGUUUCGUGUUGGGAUGACAUGCAUUCGGCAAAUCCGCGAUUACAUCUCGGUACAGAAUCGCAGUGACUGUACAACGAUUCUGCACCUCAAUAGUACCCAUAGCAUGGCCAUCAAUGGCUACUCGGUCUUUGCAGUUGGCUACUCGGAUCAAAGUUGCCACUUUGUGCCGCUAGCUUACUUCUGUACAUCCCAGAAGCGGAAGCUGGAUAUCGGUUGGUGUCUUCGCUACAUUAAACGGGUCUGUGUGGAUAUCGGCAAUGUACCUUUUGCCCCUCAGUACGUGAUGAUGGACGCUGACAAAGCCCAAUUCAAUGCAUCCGUGACCGAGCUGCCCCAUUCUACCGUUCUAAUGUGUUGGUUCCAUGUCACUAAGAACGUGUGGAAGUACGCAGCGGAGUUCCGCGUCUCCUACGACGACACGGCAGCUGUGUUUGAAGAUCGCUAUGACAUGCACUAUGCACUGCGG